UCGAUUGGUCACUCUUACGAACAGUCAUGACAGGGUCACUGAAAUGGACAAGUGAACAUUUGAAAAGCUACCUCUCUCAUGUUAACGAGACUUGGAACAUGACUAACCCCAAGGCAUUUGACUUCAACCUCCCCCCUGCUGAUACCAAGACGAGUCCGGAUUACGGGGACAUAGAUUACGGAGAUGGUCUCUUCAAUGGGAUCUCAGCGAAUGACAAGCAGUUCAUGUUUAUCGUGGAAGGACUCAUUCUCACCAUUGUCUCCAUCCUUGGAAUAACGGGCACUGUCAUGUCCAUCGGGGUCCUGAUCAAACCAGUGGUUAGAGAGACAUUUUCAGCUUUACUCACUGGCUUAGCCGUAUGCGAUACCUUGUUUCUUUGCACAUCUUUGAUCAUGUUUGGCUUACCCAAGCUCUGUCAUUGGUUUGCGGAGAAUGUGACGAAUCCAUCGGCACCGGUCAGCUUCGGAUUGAUUCACAUCUGGCGAGUUGGCUCUACUUGUCUAACUUUGUCGGUCACCCUGGAGCGGUACUGCGCAAUUUGUCACCCCCUCGGCAACACGAAGGUGAAGCAGAAAUACUUGUUGAUUGGCUCCUUGGUUUUCGCCACCCUGUACAACAUUCCCAAGUUUUUCGAAAUGAAGAACAUGAUGCUGAACAAUGGCCAAAUCUUCACCAUGAACUCACCAAUGCGCGAAAAUCGAUUCUACAAGACCUAUUACGUUUUCUGGAGCAAAUUCAUCCUGAUUGAAUUGUUCCCCUACUGCACCAUCAUCAUCUUGAACACUCUGAUCCUGACCAAAACGCUGAAGGCAUCCAAGUUCCGACGAGCUUUCCAACCAGCCUCCGCCACCAAUCCCGUGACUCAAAUCUUCAGGGAUGAUCGCCGUAAACUCUCAAACAUAACCGACUGCAUCCAACUCCAAUCCUACUCGGCGGAUCCCCGAAAUCAAGCCAAACCCGAGACCCAAGAGUCGUUCUUCGAGAUCAGUGACGAAUCUUUGGUGGCCACCCCAUACAUAGAGCGCAAGAGCAUUGUGCCCAUUGCCAGGCAGCAAUCAUUGGAUCGGAAGCGCCACUCCUCGGCCGGACUCACUCUCGUUCCCGCCCAUCACAAAAGAGUCCCUCGGAAUCGGUCCCUCUCUUGCAUUGAGCCGGAUAUCGCCAUUUCUAAGAUCUCGUUUGACGGCCAUAGUGAGACCUCUCACCGGACCAUCGUUGAGGAGCAUCGGCCAUUUCUGUGGUUGUCCACCUCCAAAGAUGGGAUCCGGAAGGCGUUCUUUGGUACCAAGCCAGUGUCGCGGAUAAGCGUGAGUGCGCGAAAAGAGAAAGCCCUGGGGGCGACACUGAUCGGGGUGUCUGUUUUGUUCUUAACGUGUCAAAGUGUGAAGCUCAUCCCCGAUAUUUACGAAGGCUUCUUCUGCGAGAAAGGCGCCUCCAACUAUUGCCGGAAUACCCCGGUGAUCAAUACCAUUAUUUCCUUGUCUAAUCUCUUGAUGUGCAUCAACUCUGCUGCCAAUUUUCUUAUGUACAUGGUGCGUGGAACGAAAUUUAGGCGAGCUUUUAUCCUGACCUAUUCGGUCAAGUGUUGCCGCUGAGACAUUCCAUUUUCCAAAUAUCUGCGUUUAUCAACUCAAUCAAUUGUAUGUUUAUCUCAUAGUUUAGCUUGCAAGUCCCAAAUAAAUUAACAUUUUUAUGAGAAGUAA